CGAUACAAAGGUCUGCUGGCUGGGCGAGAAAUCUCAAGCCACGUGUGACAUCAAGAUCAGGCUCAAGAACAACAACACGGCGGGGCGCUGCACGUUGUUAUUGUAGGGGACGUCAAUAGACACACUACAUAAGGGGAAACGUUGCCGUGGGUCAGCAUGGGCCAAAACAGAAAGAAAGGUCCAGCACUUUCUAAGGAGGAGCUGCGCAUCCUUACCGUUGGAGAGAUUGUUCAAGAGUUGAUAAAGGCUCACCAUGAAAAGAGGGAUGUGGAUCUCAACAAGUUAAAGACACGCAUCUCAUCCAAAUAUGGGCUGCAAUCCUCACCAAGGCUAGUAGACAUCAUAGCUGCAGUGCCACAAGAACACAAGAAAGUUCUCUUGCCAAAGUUGCGUGCAAAGCCAGUUCGCACUGCCUCUGGGAUUGCAGUGGUGGCAGUGAUGUGCAAGCCUCACCGCUGUCCUCACAUCAACAUGACUGGCAACAUCUGUGUGUACUGCCCAGGAGGACCCGACUCUGACUUUGAAUACUCUACCCAGAGUUACACAGGUUAUGAGCCCACUUCCAUGAGAGCCAUCAGGGCACGCUACAACCCCUACCUGCAGACAAGGCACAGAGUGGAGCAGCUCCAGCAACUUGGGCACAGUGUGGAUAAGGUGGAGUUCAUCAUUAUGGGCGGCACCUUCAUGGCACUCCCUGAGGACUAUCGUGACAAUUUCAUCAUGAACCUCCAUGAUGCACUUUCUGGCCACUCCUCUUCCAGUGUUGCUGAGGCUGUUAAGUUCUCUGAACGCAGUUCAACUAAGUGCAUAGGUAUCACCAUUGAGACACGACCUGACUACUGCCUCAAACGCCAUCUCUCUGACAUGCUGCGCUAUGGCUGUACUCGUCUAGAGAUUGGCGUGCAGUCAGUGUAUGAGGACGUUGCCCGAGACACCAACAGAGGUCACACUGUUAGAGCUGUCAGUGAGAGUUUUCACUACUCAAAGGAUGCCGGCUUCAAGGUGGUGACACACAUGAUGCCCGACCUUCCUAAUGUAGACUAUGAGCGGGAUGUUGAACAAUUCAUUGAGUUCUUUGAGAACCCAGCCUUCCGUCCUGAUGGACUGAAGAUCUAUCCCACUCUGGUUAUCCGUGGGACUGGCCUCUACGAGCUGUGGAAAACUGGACGCUACAAAAGCUACCCGCCUAACACUCUUGUGGACCUUGUGGCAACCAUUCUUUCACUAGUGCCUCCGUGGGUGCGGGUUUAUCGUGUUCAGAGGGAUAUACCCAUGCCCCUUGUCAGCUCAGGUGUGGAGCAUGGCAACUUGCGGGAGCUGGCUUUGGCACGCAUGAAGGAUCUUGGGACAGAAUGUCGAGAUGUACGCACAAGGGAGGUUGGCAUCCAGGAGAUUCACCACAAAGUUCGUCCUUAUGAGGUGGAACUCAUCCGACGAGAUUAUACAGCCAAUGGGGGCUGGGAAACUUUCUUAUCUUAUGAGGAUCCUCAGCAAGACAUCCUGGUUGGACUGCUGCGACUCAGGAAGUGUUCUGAGCAUACCUUUAGGCCAGAACUGGUGGGCGGAGUGUCAGUGGUGAGGGAGCUGCAUGUGUAUGGGUCUGUGGUUCCAGUUAGUGCAAGAGACCCCACCAAGUUCCAGCAUCAGGGCUUUGGCAUGCUGCUCAUGGAGGAAGCUGAAAGGAUUGCCAAAGAAGAGCAUGGGUCUCAUAAAAUUACGGUUAUCUCAGGAGUUGGUACCCGUAACUACUACAGGAAACUGGGCUAUGAGCUAGAUGGUCCAUACAUGUCCAAGUCUCUGUAGCUGUGACAGCUGGUAUGGUUGUUAUAAAUUUACCUCUUGUCUAAUUAUAACAACAAUCAAUAAAGUACUCCAAGUAAAAGUAAA